AUGUUACCAUUUAUUAAAUUAACCGAGUACCCAUUUGUGAUUUGUACAGUAUGCCGUUAUGCAUAUGUCACCAAGGAGGUUGAAUCGCAUUUAAAGAAGCACCAUAAGAGCAUCAAAGCAGCAGUCAGAAGAGAGAUUACCCAGCAAGUCAGGGAUUUGCCCGGCAUGAUUGAUGACAGAAGAGGGUUGUUAACGUGGCCAACGCCACCGCCGACGACCGACCCGAUCCCAUAUAUCCACCCGCCGGUCCCCGAUAACUUAGGUUGUGGCGAGGAAGGGUGUUGGACCGUAGUUGGCACCCCGCGAGGCAUGCAGGAGCAUUACCGUAAGGAACACGGUUGGAGUAACCCGCGCGGGAGAGGCGGAAGUCAGCAAACGCGGAGGAUACAGGCCCAGCUGGUCCCAUGGCGCACCGGCGUCCAAAGCCAGCGGUUUUUCAGCAACGGGCCGGCCAGUAGUUGGUUCGAGGUCGGGUUUGGGGCGCCGGCCACCCAGACGGCCGAUGAGGCCGCCAUGAUGGAGCGGACGGUGCGUGCCAUGGAGCAGAAGCAAGAGCAGUUCGAGCGAGAGGAUAGAGAGUGCAUCAAAGCCGCCGACGCAAAGACAGAUGCGAACGCGUGGUUAGAGCGUGUAGGAUGGGCCGACCAUUUGCAGGGUUUAGAUCCGGAAGCCAUGAGACAGUUGACAGACCCGGUCGGCGAAGAAGAGCAUGUUUUACAGUUGAUCCAGGACAGUAUCAUGCGGGUCAUGUUGCAGGCACGGAUUACAGCCACGCCCAGCACGGUCGGCAGCCAGGCAUUAUUCGAAGUACAACGGAAGGAGGUAGACAAGAAGCCGCGGCGGCCAUUCGACAACCGAGUCGAAGAAGACACGUGGGCACGGUACACAGCAGUUUGGGUCAAGUUGAUAUGUUAUGUAUACCGUGCCGAGACCAUGGAGGACAACGAGAGGCCCGGGUUCCGAUUAACGAAACGACAGGGGGAUACGAUGGACGAGUUGACGGAGUUAAUAGAGGAGUAUGUUGAAGACCCCGAAGCCAAUCCAUUAGAUGAGGAGCGCGUGGACGAGUUGACGCUGCAGGUCGUUAUGGCAUUGUUGGAUCACAGGUUAACGGCAGGUGAAUACCGCAGUGGUAUUAUCAGUGGGUUGGCCGUGCUGGGCAUCCGCAAAGACGGUGGAUGGAUGGAUGUGAUGGAUUACACGCCCAUGUAUUCAGCCGUGAUCAAAGUAGCGCGGGCCAUGGUCGUGUAUCAGUCGUAUCGGGAGAGGAAGGAAGAGGUGGCCCGAUUACAGCAGGAGAAGGGUUUAGGUGAGGAAGAGGCCGAGGAGGAGGCGACCAGCAUGUUCCGGAUCGUGCGUGAGAAGGUGCAGAGGUUCAUGACGGUGACAUCGAAGGAGACAUACGCCGAGCCGACGCCGAUGGAUUGGAUAUACGAGGCACGCACGUACGGCAUGUAUAUUCGGUUCAACACGCCAGCAGGCGGAACCGUGGAUUGGGAUGGCGACCAUAUCACGUAUAGAAAGACACGGUUCCGGAUGGCCGCGUUGACCGAGAUGUUGCAUGCAUUGACGAGGGAGGCGAGGGAGCAUUUAGCGACGUUGACGAUGGUGGAAGACGUGGACCAGUUACCGCGAAUCCCGUGGAAGGAGGUGGAGGACGAUCACAGUGAGGACCGGAUGGGGUAUUCAUUUUUGACCGAUGAACGGAACCGCGAGUGGGUAAAGAGAGGUAAGAAUUGGGUGAUGAACCAGAUCACCGAUACACAACCGGACGGGCAGGGCCAGGCACGACGCAAGGUGUGGAUCGACAACGGCAGAAGGGACGGAAAGCCAUUCCAGGCCCGGGCGGUACAGUCAUAUGGCCAGACAUUCAACGGGUUCAUGGAACGAAUGUUCAUGUUGAUGUACAUGAUGAGCCAGCCAGCACGGAUACCCGAGAUGUCGGGCAUCCGGCACCAGAACACCAUGAAUGGAGGGGUCAGGAACAUAUUGGCGCACAACGGCAUGAUGUGCGUGGUCACGUUAUAUCACAAGGGAUUCCGGUUGACGGGUCAGGCCAAGGUGAUUCACCGGUAUUUACCGCAUGCCGUGGGAGAGUUAUUGGUGUGGUAUUUAUGGUUGGUUUUGCCAUUUUGGCAGCAGGUUCAGGGUAUCGUCAAAGAUGCCGGUAUCCGCAGCCCGUUCAUGUGGCCGGAUGAAGUGGUACGCAAGGCAGAAGGCAGUAUCGUAGAGGAGAGGGAGGCAAGACGAGCGGCAUUGGAGAGGCACAGUCAGAAUGGCGGCGGCAUGCAUGAAGAAGACGAUGAUAACAGCGGAGGUAGUACAGAGAACCCGCAUGACCCCGAUAACCCCGCGAACGCCGAUGAUAUUGGGUUCCAGAGCUGGGUGCAGGAGCGGAAGUGGACAUCAGACCGGGUCCGUCGAAUCAUCCAACGGCACAGCAGGCGAUUAUUAGGCGUGACGUUAGGUAUCAGUUCAUGGAGGCAGAUUGCGAUCGCCAUAGCCCGUCGGUAUUUGAACGGUGCAUUUAAAGAGUCGACAUUGGAUGGGGAGGAUGAAGAUGACGAUUUGGAUGACAACCCGGUGGAUUUGCAAGCCGGGCACGGAACGCACGUGGCGGGCAUGGUAUACGCACGCGAGUUGCAGCAGGGAUUGUUCAGCACGGCAUCGAUGCGGGACAAGUUCCGAGCCGUCAGCAGGCAGUGGCACCGUUUGUUCGAGUUCCAGGACAGCGAGGAGAGUGGGGCGUCGGCCGCAACCCGGCGAAAACGAGCCCCGUAUGACACGGAGCGUGAGUAUAAUCGGAUGCAGCGGUUCAGACGAUUGCAGCAGGUCGAUAUUGCCGGUCAGUUACGGCAGAUGAUGGGGCCGUCGGCGGCGUUCCGUGGUCAGCAGGAGACGGUGAUCCGGGCGAUCAUACGGGGCGAGAGUCCGAUUAUCCAGAUCGCAGGCACAGGUGAGGGCAAGAGUAUGUCGUUUUUAUUACCAGCAUAUUGUGCCAACGACAACGGCGGGACGACAAUCGUGAUCGUGCCGUUGAUUUCAUUACGGGAUGAUUUACACGGUCGUUGUGAUAAGAGCAAAAUCGGGACAUAUAGUUGGAAGAGCCGCGAGGGACACCAGAUUGCCCCAAUUAUAUUCGUGACGCCCGAGUCAGCGGUGACGAAGGAGUUUGGCGAUUUCGUAAACCGAUUACAAGCACGGUUGGAUGAGUGCCACACAAUGUUGGACAGCACCGCCCGAUUUCGACCGCAGAUGAUGGAGUUGGGUCAGGUUUUGAACGAAUGGGGUGUGCAAAGGUUUUUUAACGGCCACAUUACCGCCCGGCGAGGUAGAGAGGUUUUGCGAGGUCGUCAAGUUGCCGGCAAGCCGGUAGUCGAAGCGCAGGCGACACCGCCACAGCCGAAACGACGUCAACAGCAGGGGGGAGGGGGGUAUAAAAAUCAGGAAGUCGGGCCGGAAGAGGAUGCAGAAGACAGGCAGGUUGUCAAGACGGUACGAGAUUGGUUAUAUCAACACAGUAACGGCCGAGUUAUCGUAUAUGCAAGCACGAUCGAACGGGUUGAGCGGUUGGGGGAAAGGUUGGAGUGCGAUGUAUAUCAUUCAAAAGUAGAUACAGCAGUCGGUAAGGAGCAACGAUUACGAAUGUGGAUCGAAGGUGGGCAUUUAAUUGUGGCGACAAAUGCGUUGGGGUUAGGCAUAGACGUGCCAGACGUUCGGUUGGUCAUACACGCCGGCAUGCCGAGUCGAUUACGGGAUUACGUGCAAGAGAGCGGACGGGCGGGAAGAGACGGUGAGCCGAGUGAAGCAAUUGUCGUGGUAUGCCGGCCAAAGGGAAGAGAACGAGAGGAUAAGGCCGACAAAAAGAAGGUCGAGCGAGCACGGGCGACGAUAAGCAGCAGUUGGCCGCCGAAAGAGGCGGCGGUAGAGAGGUUUAUCAGCGGAAAGUGGUGUCGCCGUGUGGUAUUGGAUCAGAUGAUGGAUGGUCGAUUGGAUCGCGCGGGUUGCGACGACAAGGUGGAAGAGAUAUGCGAUAUAUGCCGGCGACAGAGAGAUCAGUUGAUGUUUGAAGCGGAUAUAUCGUGGGUUGAGAACGAGGACACAGGUAGUGGGAAAGGCAUGGAAAUGGCAGAUCAAUAUGGAGGACAGGUAACAGAAGGAGAGAUCCAGGCACGAUUUGAGCAGGCCGGGCGGAGCAUACGAUACGAGCAAUUCAAGGCGAGGCAAGACGAGAUACGCAUCCAUCAGGAGGUGGAGACAUUCGAGCAAGAGUUGGGACAUAUGGUCGGCCGGUGCAUAGGUUGUUUCAUGGCAACAGGCGUUAUAGAGGAAGAUCAAUUACACAGGAGAGAUGAGUGCCCGUUAUGGGACAAGAGAUGGUGGGAUGACAUGGCGCGAGCGGAAGAGAAGUGGCAGAAAAGCAUGUUUACAAAAGGGGUCAUGGCGGAUCAUUCCGGUUGUUUUUGGUGUGGCAUGCCGCAAGCGAUUUGCACACAUUGGGAGCCGUUGGACAACGAUCAAGGAAGAUUCAAGUUAAAGAAGGAUGGGGUAUGUCAAUAUGCAGGCGUAUUGAUGCAGUGGUCGGGGAGUUAG